UGUUAAGGGAGUUAGUUGCCAUGAUAGAAUAUAAACCUAAAGGUAGAAAGAAGGUGUGUGGCGUGGUUACAGAUAAGGGCAUUUACGUCAUUUCCUUAGCACACAAUCCUAGAAACUUGACAUUUAAAAGUCUUUGAAACGCAUAGGUAUAACUCAAAAUCUCAAACCACACCACACAACAACGAUUCGUUCCAAUUCCAGUUCCAAUCACAACAUGGCCAUGGAGCUUCAACUAGAUUCCAUGGCCGCUUCCAUUGGUGUCUCCGUCGCCGUUCUCCGUUUUCUUCUCUGCUUCGUCGCCACCAUUCCCUUUAGCUUCUUCUGGCGCUUCGUCCCCGGUCGUUUACCCAAACACUUCUACUCCGCCGCCGUUGGUGUUUUCCUCUCUUAUCUCUCUUUUGGAUUCUCCUCCAAUCUCCAUUUUCUUGUCCCUAUGUUUCUCGGUUACGCUUCCAUGGUUGUUUAUCGUCCUCGAUGUGGAAUCCUCACUUUCUUUUUCGGAUUCGGUUACCUCAUUGCCUGCCAUGUGUAUUACAUGAGUGGUGAUGCAUGGAAAGAAGGUGGCAUCGAUGCCACUGGGGCUUUGAUGGUUUUGACACUCAAGGUUAUCUCGUGUUCGAUUAAUUAUAAUGAUGGAAUGUUGAAAGAAGAAGGUUUGCGUGAUGCUCAGAAGAAAAACCGGUUGGUCGAGUUGCCGUCUAUUGUUGAGUAUAUUGGUUUCUGUCUCUGUUGUGGAAGUCACUUUGCUGGUCCUGUUUUUGAAAUGAAGGAUUAUCUUGAUUGGACUGAAGGAAAAGGGAUUUGGAAUUUUGGAGCAAAAGGACCGAAAGCACCAUCACCUUAUGGGGCGACAAUUCGGGCUCUACUUCAAGCUGGUUUUUGCAUGGGAUUGUACCUAAAUCUUGUGCCUUAUUUUCCUCUGUCCAAGUUUACCGAUCCUUCAUAUCAUGAAUGGGGUUUCUGGAAAAAGUUGGGUUACCAGUAUAUGUCUGGCCAAACAGCACGCUGGAAAUAUUAUUUCAUUUGGUCGAUUUCAGAAGCUUCUAUUAUCAUUUCUGGCCUUGGUUUCAGUGGCUGGAUUGAUUCCUCUCCACCAAAGCCGCGCUGGGACCGAGCUAAAAAUGUUGAUAUUUUAGGUGUUGAGCUUGCAAAGAGUGCAGUUGUAAUUCCAGCUGUGUGGAAUAUUCAAGUCAGCACCUGGCUUCGCCAUUACGUUUAUGAAAGGCUUGUCCAGAGUGGAAAGAAGCCAGGUUUUCUUCAAUUACUCGGCACACAGACUGUUAGUGCUAUUUGGCAUGGGUUGUAUCCUGGAUACAUUAUAUUCUUUGUUCAAUCAGCGUUGAUGAUUGCCGGUUCCAGAGUCAUUUAUAGAUGGCAGCAAGCCGUGCCUCCAACAAUUAAGAAUGUCUUGGUGUUUAGUAAUUUUGCUUACACGAUUUUGGUUCUAAGUUAUUCAUGCGUUGGUUUCAUGGUAUUAAGUCUGCAUGAAACUCUUGCCUCAUAUGGAAGUGUGUAUUUUAUUGGAACCGUUGUUCCGAUUGUUAUCAUCCUUCUUGGUAAAGUAAUCAAACCUGGAAAGCCAUCCAGAUCGAAACCUCGAAAAGAAGAGUGAGGUAAACAGCAGAAUUAUCCUCUCUUUGGAGUUUUCGAAAUCAAAUUAGGAUUGCGGGAGAGAGAGAUGCUGGAUCUUCAGUUUCCACGGGUUCAGCUUUGGUUUUCAAUGUAUUGUUACAGCUCCAUUAGUCUUGAAAAUGCUUGGCCGUUUUAUAUUUUUGACUUUAGCAUUGAUUGUAUUUUUGUUGGAAACAUCUUAUUGAGGGGUUGAUAAAAGUAAUUAUGGAAGAAAUGUUGAAAACAGGUUGAAUUUCUGUGA